AUGGCGGGCCAACAAGAUGAAAUGGACAUAGCAGAGGACGACACUGAGCAGGCAAAUGCCUUGCCCAAAGUACCGUCUCCUGCAGUACCAAAGGCGAAUCCCAAGCCUGCGGCGGCACCAAAAGCUGCCCCUCUCGUUGCGGCCGCGAAUCCAACACCCGCCUUCCCAGGCGGUGGGGAUCCGGCUCAGAACGUGGGGCUUCAGCAGCUUAUCGCCGCCCUUCAGGCCAUGGGGGGCGUCACGGCCCUCAACGCGCUGAUGGGUCAGCAGGCCCAGCCUGUCGUCCCUCCUCAGGUGGACCAACCCACCGUAGAUCUCACUCCGACGGAGCCUCUCAGCAACCGUUUCGACAUCAAAUACGAUCUAACGGACUCUGCACUGGCCACACGUCUGGACGAUGCGACGGAGAAUCCGGCUCCUGCCGGUGAAUACGACUUAGGCUACAAGAUGGCUCUGUCUGGCCUCCCGCGCGUGGAGAAGUUGUUAUUGGAUAGCUCUGGCUCCCUUUCCACCAGCACUGGCUUCGGAGCAGACACCGCUGGAAAUUUGGCGGUGCAUAUCCAGAAUAGCGUAAUGGCUGGCAACAUCCCUGCGAGAAUGGAGAAUCUUGUGACUGCAGCUACUUUCGCGCGAUUGGAUCCAGCAAACAAUGCGCGUGUUGCUGUGGGCAACUCCUUUGUCGCAGAUCCACCGAAGUAUCCUCUCAAAGAUGGUCCUGUCGUGCCGAUAUCCACGCUUCGUGAAGGAUCGGAACUCUACUCUUCGCUCUUGAAUGGCUACACCAUUACCCACAGCGCCACAGAAGAGUACGACAGCAAAGGCAAGCCCACACAGACCUUCACAGGAGUCUCCCUCAUCACAGCCCCACACCUCACACCCACCAUCACAGAUCUCACCUGCGUCGACGGCAGAUUUCUUCGGUUCACCAUCGACACCAUCGAAGCUCCGCUCAGCAUACUGGCGGUUUACGCCCCACACAGCCAACGCGAACAGCAAUGCCGGGACCAGUUCUGGCAAGCGCUCACCACACAGCUCUCCACUCACAGAGAACGCACCCCCCUUCUAGUGGUUGGAGACUUCAACGCACUAGCCUUAGACGAGCUCGCAGCCAUCCCUCACGCCACUGGCCCACAUUUCGUCCCAGGCAAAACUGCCGAGGAAGACGAGCCAGACGAUGAUGCAGAAGGCGACACCAACCAGCGACAGUUCCACGACCUCCUGGCCUCACAGGACUACUGCCUCCCACAGAGCUGGAUGGAGAAAGCACCUCGCAAUAGACACACCCACAAAAGACCCAACGGCGACCUCGUGCAACUCGACCACGCCAUUAUACACAAAGACUGGCGCAACAUCAUCCACGACAUCCACACUCUUCCCGGCGCAGCACUCAACAGCAACCACUACUUGGUCAAAGUCGAGCUGCAGCUCCGCACCAAAGAGGCCAAACGCACAGCCCCCAAACCACGCCACACCAGAACCCCCACUGCCGCACAGCGGCAAGCCUACAACAACCACAUCAAGCAAAACUUGGAUGCCAUCACCCCUACCACAGACUACUCACAACCACCCCCACAGCUCCCACUCCAAUCACAACCACAUGAGCAAUGGCAGAGCCUCCAGGCGGCGACCAAGGAAGCCAUUAGCGACCACAUCCCAACCACCGCGUCCUUCCCCAAACACCCCUGGAUCUCACAAGCUACUUGGCAGCUCAUACAGCAACGUUCCGCCGCACGCCUCGCUCAGAGAUUUGAUCUUGAGGCCCAACUCCACAAAGACAUUAGAAAGCAAGCCCGCAAAGAUAAAACCCAGUGGCUAAAGGAGCGACUGGCCGAAAGCGAGGCCACUCUUGACCCUCGCCAAAAAUGGAAGUGGAUCAAGAGAGUUCGCUCAGACUACAAGCCCAGACCGGUCUCCAUUAGAGACUCACAGGGCAAGCCCACCAGCCUCUCACAGCAAGCCCAAACCUUCGCAGAAUACCUGCGAGACUCACACUGGGCAGCUCCACCUACACCUUACACUGGCCCCACAGACCCAAUACACCCGGCAGCAGCAGUGGACCUCUCACCCAUCACCACAGCAGAGCUCAACGCAGCACUUAAAGAGCUGGCGCACAACAAAGCAGCAGGCCCCGACAGCAUUCCUGCUGAAGCAUGGCAGUGGUUAGACGACCAUAACCAAGAGGCUCUCUUGCGGGUCCUCAACCAAGCCCUGCUCACAGCCACCAUCCCGGAUGACUGGCACCAUGCUAUUGUAGUCGAAAUCUACAAAGGCAAAGGUCCCCUCACAGCCACAGGACAAACACUUUACACCAUCUUUCUCGACUGGGAGAAAGCAUUCGACAAGAUACACCCGGACGCCCUCCUCACAGCGUUGUCACGCUACGGCGUCCCACCACAUCUCACAGCCCUCAUCAACAACAUCUACACCUCACCACAAUUCACAGUGGCGGCGGCUGGGAAGCAAAGCACCAGGGAGGAAGCCAGCGCGGGCAUUCGUCAAGGAUGCCCGUUCUCACCAUACCUGUUUCUCAUAGUUCACGGUAUGGUUAUGCACGAUGUGGACCGGGAACUCACAGCUCACGGCGGGUCUCUUCCAUGGCUGUACAGCCAAAACCAGCCCUUCUACGACCUCGCUUAUGCGGACGACACAGCACUCAUCGCAAGCACAGCUCACAGAGCAGAACAGCUGCUCCACAUCCUGCAGCGGAUUGCGGCUCACAGCAACCUCCACCUGAACCUCAAGAAGUGCGUGUUACUACGCUCCCCCACUUCACAGAACACAGUCCACUUUCACAACGGCGCCCCCCUCACUAUUGAGCAGCACGCCAAAUACCUUGGCAUCACAAUUAGCAGCGACGGGUCUUCUCACAAAGACGUUCUCACACGUGUCGCCAAAGCCCGCAAGCACUUUAACUCUCUGCACCAGUUCUGGCGCAACACCGACCUCACACUGAAGUGGAAGUUACGCAUUUACAAUGCGGUCUUCAUUCCGCUCGUAACAUACGGGUUGGAAUCAGCAGCGCUCACAAAAGGCGAUCUCAACAGACUCGAAGCUUUCCACUCACAGAGUCUUCGAAAGAUCCUCCACUUCAAAAGCACUUACUACACGGAGGUGCUCAACCCCACAGCCCGCACAUACACCAACCAAGAGGUGAGAACACUCACCUCACAGCCUCCACUCACUCACCACAUCCACAAAGCACAGCUGAAACUUUUCGGGCACAGUCUUCGAUCCCAUCCGAACAGUAUAGAACGGAACUGCUGCUUCACUAGCGCUUUUCAGUACAGAGGUGGUAUGGUUGGUGCUGGCCUAAGGCCGUGCUUCCUGUGCCGGGUACAGGCUUCGGCCCAAGUGAAGGUGGCCAAGAAGGGCGCUUGCCUUCGUGUGGAGACGUCGGCGUUGGAGGCGGAGGUGGCUGAGCUCGAACGCCGUCUUGGCUACCGCUGA